CACAAUUAUUUUGUAAACUCUUCCUGAUUUUUUGUUUGGUUCGUGUAAAUCAAAAGCCGUCAAAAUUGAAUCCACGAAGAUUGACGAGACUUUUUCCUCCUCUUCGACUGCGAUGGAGGAUAAAGCAACAACAAAAGAUCUGGAUCAAUGGAUUGAGCAGUUGAACGAAUGCAAUCAAUUGACGGAAACGCAAGUGCGAACCUUGUGUGAUAAGGCGAAGGAGAUCCUCUCAAAGGAAUCGAAUGUCCAGGAGGUGAAAUGUCCGGUCACAGUGUGUGGUGAUGUACAUGGACAGUUUCAUGACUUGAUGGAAUUGUUCCGGAUAGGUGGCAAAUCUCCCGACACUAAUUACUUGUUUAUGGGUGAUUAUGUUGAUCGUGGUUACUAUUCGGUAGAAACGGUCACUUUGUUGGUGGCAUUGAAGGUACGUUAUCGCGAGAGAAUAACGAUUCUACGUGGUAAUCAUGAAUCGCGACAAAUUACUCAAGUUUACGGAUUCUAUGAUGAAUGUCUGCGAAAGUAUGGCAAUGCAAACGUUUGGAAAUAUUUUACUGAUUUAUUUGAUUAUUUACCACUAACGGCAUUGGUCGAUGGUCAAAUAUUUUGUUUGCAUGGCGGUCUUAGUCCAUCUAUCGAUAGUUUGGACCAUAUUCGCGCUUUGGAUCGACUUCAAGAAGUGCCACAUGAGGGUCCCAUGUGCGAUUUACUGUGGUCCGACCCCGAUGAUAGAGGCGGUUGGGGCAUUUCACCCCGCGGCGCCGGUUACACAUUUGGUCAGGAUAUUUCGGAAACCUUUAAUAACACAAACGGACUGACACUUGUAUCGCGUGCUCAUCAGUUAGUCAUGGAAGGAUAUAAUUGGUGCCAUGAUCGCAAUGUUGUUACAAUAUUCUCAGCGCCUAAUUAUUGUUAUCGUUGUGGCAAUCAAGCUGCCCUAAUGGAAUUAGAUGAUUCACUAAAGUUUUCAUUCCUACAAUUUGACCCAGCACCUCGUCGUGGUGAACCUCACGUUACACGAAGAACACCGGAUUAUUUCCUAUAAGAGAAUUCUUCAUCCAUUUACAUAUAUUAUACAUACAUUUAUAUAAAUGCAAAAAGAACAGCAGAAAACACAAAGAAUAUUAAAUUAUUUAUAACGAUCCAAUUCCAAUCGCAUGGAAAGAUGAUACAAUAAAUAAGUAAAGUCAAUAUAGUUGAAGUGAAUGUAAAAGUAUAUAAAUGAAGGUAACACCAGAUCAUAGCAGCAAUAAUUAUCGACGAGGGACGGCUGCGAUUGGCAACUUAGUAGGAGUACUAAUAAGUUAUUGUGUAAGAAACAGCCGACACAAAACCCAUACAAGUAUAUGUUUAAACCGUAGGCAAUAGUUUAAGGCUUAAAAAAAAAAUGCAGCCAAAUGCGAAAAUUUUAGUAUAUGCAAAUCUGAAACACACGAUUUCCACACAUUAGUUGAAUAAAAUGAAAUGAACUUUGGGACAGAA